AACUUCCGGUUUCGAAUUCGUAGCCCCUAGUGGUCGACCCGGAAGCAUUUGCUUGGCCGGAAGAAAACGGAAGUGCGGCCAUGGCGGAAUACGAGGCGGUGCAGACGGGGCCCUUGCGGCUGAAAAGCGGGGCUGGCGUGGCCGCCCCCGGAAAGCGGAAGAAGAAAAAGGACAAAGAUAAAAGCAAAAUUGUGGAUCAGAUUGUGAGCAGCAAAAACCAGGAGGAGGAGGAGGAGAAAAAGCGAACUCUGGACAAGCGGACUCCAGCACAGCUAGCCUAUGAGAAGAUGCAGGAGAAGCGGCAAAUGGAACGGAUUCUGAAGAAAGCCUCCAAAACCCACAAACAGAGAGUCGAGGUGAGAUGCUGCUUGCCAAGUAUGAGGACAGGUGCAGUCUGACCACAUCCGGGAUGGGAGGGGACCUUCUGCAGCAGGUUUAAGGGAGCACCCAUUGCUG